AUGUCUGAACCAAUCGAGACAAAUCCAGGCGAGGACAUGAUGCGCUGGGUCACCGAUCCCGACACAGGUGAUACCGCCAUGCACGUCGCAGCCGCUGUUGGAAAUAUCAAAGCCUUCGAUGCCACUGCACAAAGCUUUGGGAGGGAAUGGAGUCGCAACAGCUGGUUCAUGACAUGCUUCAGAGCCGUCUUCUUCCUUCGCAACAAGGCUGGAGAUACCAUCUUCCACGUCGCAGCCCGCAUGGGCCGUCUUGACAUCAUCAAUGCGGCCUGGCAACACUUCUGGCAGGUCAUAGACUGGGACAAAGUCCCUGACAAGCCCGGCUCUGAAGUCUACGCCCCUAUUGGUCGCGAUCUACCCGAGUUCGAAACCGAUGUCGAUCCUCUGUGGGUGCCUGACUACAUGGUGGCUACUGUUCUACUUGCCAGAAAGAACGCUGCUGGGCACACCGCCGCCGAUGAGGCUACUAUUGCUGACUAUACGGAUGUCGCGGAGUGGUUGAAUCAAGUACUGGAUCGCGUUACUCUUGGCGGUAAAAGAGCUACAGAAAGUAGGAUGGCUAGAAUGGAGGAGCUAGUCGACGGUCGCUACGAUAUCGAUGGACAUCAUCUCACCUGGGAUCAAAUCCCACGGGUAGGGCUAUACUAUCCUCCUAAAUACAGAUCCUAG